AUGUUACAGCUUGAUGACUGCACCCUGCAAUUGUCUCACAACGGUACCUAUCUGGAUCUAGAAUCGACCCUAGCAGAACAAAGAGACGAAUUGGAAGGCUUCCAGGAGGAUGCUGGGAGGGGCAAGAAACACAGUAUAAUUCUGAGGACCCAGCUGUCAGUGAGAGUCCAUGCCUGCAUUGAAAAACUUUACAAUUCCAAUGGACGGGAGCUGAGACGGGCACUUUUCUCCUUGAAACAAAUAUUUCAGGAUGACAAGGACUUGGUUCAUGAGUUUGUUGUCGCUGAAGGUCUGACUUGCUUAAUCAAAGUGGGAGCAGAGGCCGACCAGAAUUAUCAGAACUACAUCCUGAGAGCUUUGGGCCAGAUUAUGCUCUAUGUUGAUGGCAUGAAUGGAGUAAUAAAUCAUAAUGAAACCAUCCAAUGGCUGUACACACUUAUUGGGUCAAAGUUGCACUCUUUUUUCCGCCUGGUGGUAAAGACAGCGCUGAAGCUGCUGCUGGUGUUUGUGGAGUAUACCGAAUCCAAUGCACCGCUUUUAAUCCAGGCAGUAUCUACCGUUGAUGAAAAGAGAGGAGCCAAGCCGUGGUCCAACAUCAUGGAGAUCCUGGAGGAGAAGGAUGGGGUUGAUACCGAACUACUGGUUUACGCAAUGACCUUGGUUAACAAGACGCUGUCGGGGUUGCCAGAUCAAGACUCUUUCUACGACGUGGUGGACUGUCUGGAAGAGCUAGGCAUUGAAGCUAUUUCACAGAGACACUUGAACAAGAAAGGAACAGACUUGGACUUAGUUGAGCAAUUUAACAUUUAUGAGAUGACACUGAGACAUGAGGAUGGAGAUGAGAGUGCUGACCCGCCUCCCAGUGGGCGCAAGGACCGGAGAAGGGCCAGUCUUGGUGCUAGUGAGCGGAGGGGGUUAGAGCGCCGACGGAGCCGCAGGCACUCAGUACAGAACGUGAAAAGCACUUUAUCAGCCCCUGCGAGUCCAUGCGGUCAGCCGAACCCUAGCUUCAUGCUAGGCCACAGACAGCACGUUGAAGAUCUCAGUGAGAGUGGGGUCCCAGGUGCACAGGAGGCUGUGAAUGAAAACCUUUCAUGGUGUUCUGAUUCUUCAGCCGUCUCCAGUGCCAUUUCUCCAGCUGAGAGGCCUCUCUCCUGCUCUAGAGCAAAGAGCUCUUCUAGCAGCUCCUCUUCUGUGCCUGACUCAUCUGUCUCUCAUCAUAAUUCUGUCCUUUCAUCACCAUCUUCACCUGCGGCAGCAUUACUAAGCUCCUCCCAGAAUUCAUCAGCAUCCAUUACUCCAAAGGCAUCUCCAACGGUGGAGAAAUUACCUUAUGUACCACAUACUCCUUUUCACCUCUUCUCGUACGACUUUGAAGAGUCUCCAACAUCUGUGAAAGAAAAGGAAGCAGAGGUGAUGAGGGAAAACAGAUACAAUAGCUACAGCAGCAGCUCUUACUCUUCUCCGCGACCUUACUCUGGUGUGAGUGCCCCAACAACACCGACUUCUCGUUAUGGGACAACUCUCUCGCCGCCUCAAGAGAUCAAAUCUGACAGGCCAGCUUUGGGUGGUCUCCUUACAUCAUCUUUUCGGCAGCACCAGGAGUCCUUGGCAGCAGAAAGAGAAAGACGACGUCAGGAGAGAGAAGAAAGGUUGCAAAGGAUAGAACGUGAAGAAAGAAACAAAUUCAACCGCGAUUAUUUAGACAAAAGAGAAGAACUAAGACAAGCAAGAGAAGAGAGAUACAAAUACUUGGAGAGGUUGGCAGCGGAGGAGUAUGAGAAGGAGCUGAAGAGUCGGAGCGUAAGCCGAGGUAGAAGUGAGCUGUCCUUGAACCUGAGAUCUCCUUCAGCCCCAUCCUCGCCUGUACCCAAGUGCGUCAGCCCAGCAUCCACAGAGUCCCAGGAAGAGCUGAAGACCCCUUCCACCCCUUGUGGGACCCCUCAGCCCUCAGAAGUGAGUGCCAGUGAACCCGAACCAGAGACAGAGACAGAACCAGAACCAGACCCAGAGCAGGAGGCUGAGGCUGAGGCCGAGCAGGGAACGGAGACACCCAAGGAAAUAGAGGCUACAGAGGUGGGACCAGAGAGUGAGGUGGAGCAAGGACCAGAGAGAGAGCCAGAAGAAAGUGCAAUACUCAGUGAAAAAGAGAGGCAGAAUGAGGAAGUGAAUGAAAAAGACAACUGCUCUGCAUCCAGCAUAUCCUCAGCAAGCAGCACUUUAGAGAGGGAAGAGAGAGAGGACAAGUUAACCAGUGACAAUGAAACUGGUCCAUGGUCACAGACCAUUCAGGAUGCUGGUGUGAAUGAGCAGUGCAGCAACAUCCUCAACAACAAGCGAUUUAUGCUGGACAUGUUGUAUGCGCAUAACAAAAAGCCCAAGGAUGAAGAGGAGAAGGAGCUGGAGGCGAAGGAGGAAAAGAAGGAGACGGAGGAAGGCGAGGAGUCACUCACUAGCCUAGCCAGUAGGAUCUCUAUCCUUCAGGCCACAAAGCAGGCCAAAGAUGAAAGUGUCAAAAAGAUGGAGAUCGGAAAUCUGGACAACCAAGGCAGUGUGAAAGCCUUUGCGGAAAAAUUUAACAGUGGUGAGCUGGCCAAGGGGACAGCCGUGCCUGAAGAUGAAAUCAGUGAACAGGUCCCUGAGAAAACACCAGCACAGCCAAAGAAGGAAUCUGACUACAUCUGGGAUCAGCUCAUGGCUAAUCCUAGAGAACUUAAAAUCAAAGACAUGGAUUUUACAGACUUGGGGGAGGAGGAUGAUGUAGAUGUGUUGGACAUGGAUAUGGGUCCUGGGGACUCCCUUGUUCCCCCUCCUCCACCUCCACCUUCUUUUCUGGGUUUGCCUCCUCCACCACCUCCCCCACUGUUUGGAUGUCCGCCUCCACCUCCACCCUCUGCUAAUUUAUUGGCUCCUCCUCCGCUGUUCAGCACUCCUCAGGGUUUAGGGUCACCCCAGGUUUCUAGGGGUCAGCCAGCAUUUAUAAAGAAGAAGAAAACCAUCCGUCUGUUUUGGAACGAGGUACGGCCAUUUGAGUGGCAGUGUAAAAACAACAAACGCUGCAGAGAAUUCCUGUGGUCGAAACUGGAACCCAUUAAGGUGGACACUUCCAAACUGGAGCAUCUCUUUGAGUCUAAAUCCAAGGAACUGCCUGUCACAAAGAAAACUGCUGCAGAUGGGAAGCGACAGGAGAUCAUUGUAUUGGACUCGAAACGAAGCAACGCUAUUAAUAUUGGCUUGACUGUGUUGCCCCCUCCCCGGACUAUCAAGACUGCUAUUUUGAACUUUGACGAAUAUGCCUUAAACAAGGAAGGAAUAGAGAAAAUCCUGACCAUGAUCCCGACCGAGGAGGAGAAGCAAAAGAUCCAGGAGGCACAGCUGGCGAACCCUGAUGUCCCCCUGGGCAGCGCCGAGCAGUUCCUUCUCACCCUCUCCUCCAUCAGCGAACUUUCCGCCAGGCUCCAGCUCUGGGCUUUCAAGAUGGACUACGAGAUAGUGGAAAAGGAAGUUGCAGAACCACUUCUAGACCUGAAGGAAGGAAUGGACCAACUGGAGCACAAUAAAACUUUGGGAUUUAUCCUUUCUACUCUACUAGCCAUUGGGAACUUUCUGAAUGGAACCAACGCCAAAGCUUUUGAGUUGAGCUACCUCGAGAAGGUUCCAGAAGUCAAGGACACAGUGCACAAGCAGUCCCUCCUGCACCACGUCUGCACUAUGGUGGUGGAAAAGUUCCCAGACAGCACUGAUCUUUAUUCAGAGAUUGGGGCCAUCACUAGGUCAGCCAAGGUUGACUUUGAACAACUCCAGGAAAACUUGUGUCAGAUGGAAAGACGGUGCAAAGCAUCAUGGGAUCACCUUAAGGCUAUAGCAAAGCAUGAAAUGAAGCCAACUCUAAAGCAAAAAAUGUCCGAGUUCCUUAAAGACUGUGCAGAAAGAAUCAUAAUCCUGAAGAUUGUUCAUAGAAGAAUAAUUAACAGGUUUCACUCAUUUUUGUUAUUUAUGGGCCAUCCUCCCUAUGCAAUACGUGAAGUCAACAUCAAUAAGUUCUGCAAAAUUAUUAGCGAAUUUGCUCUGGAAUACCGCACCACCAGGGAACGAGUUUUGCAGCAAAAACAGAAACGAGCUAACCACAGGGAAAGAAACAAGACCAGAGGGAAAAUGAUAACAGAUACCGAUGAAGAGGAGGAUGCUGAGUCUGGCAAGUUUUCCAGCAGCUCGCCCCCCUGCCAGAGCCAGCCCCAGGGGCUGCAGUACGCUGAGGACGCUGCAGAGCAUGAGAACAUGAAGGCUGUGCUGAAGACCUCCUCCAUCAGCGGGGAAAGCACCACGGCGCUCGGGGUUCGCACUCGAAGCCGGGCCAGCCGAGGCCGUAUCAGUUCAUGGAACACUGGCAACGAUGAUUCACCUAAUGCAACGGAUGACGCAGCAGAUGAGAUCAUGGAUCGUAUUGUAAAGUCCGCCACCCAAGUGCCAAGCCAGCGAGUGGUGCCUAGAGAGAGGAAGCGGUCACGAGCAAAUAGGAAGUCAUUGAGAAGGACACUAAAGAGCGGACUGACACCAGAAGAAGCCAAAGCACUGGGCCUCAUCAGCACCUCUGAGAUGCAGGUUUGACGUCCCAGAGGUGGCGACAAGAAGAGCCGUUCAUCUGAAGCACACAGGCUGACAACCCUUCGGUGUGGCAUUGACCUGCCAGCCUCCUCCGCUGCUCCCAACAUCCCGUCCUCUGUUAGUCCAAUUUUAAUAAGCAACAAAAAGCGAAACCCCACAGCCAGGGCAGAAGAAGGGUGUGCCGCAGCUCAGCUCAGCAUCCGGACAGUAACUGAGGAAGCGUUUGAGUGCUUGUAGGUGAAAGCAUAUGGCUUCUUCUCCUCAUGGUGUGUUGAUGUGGGUAGGAGGGGGCUCUCUCUGAGUUAUCUGUCAUUAUGUGAGCUGUGUUUACGUUGGCUUUCCUUGUGCCCUGUUUUAGUCAUUGUAAAUGUAUGGCGUUUUGUCAAUGCAAGGAACAGUCCUUAAAGAGGCAAAAUAACUCCUGUUACCGCAACCCCAGUUUUCCUGAAGCAGAUUCAUUAAGCAAAGAUGCACAGUCUGUACAACCCUGUGGUUUGUUGGGGUUUUUUUAUUAUUUUGCCACCAAAGAAUGUAAAAAUGUAUGUGUACCUUUGUAUAUGUACAGAAUGAAUGUGUGGACAUGUGUGCGUGUAUCUAUACACAUACAGUCAUGGUGUGAAAUCAUGCUCUUGCUGAAGCUAGCUGGGCCAUGAUUUUCACUCUGGGGCCUUACUGUUCCACCUGGACAGGAGGAAAAGAAUGUCUUUUUGUGGGAACUCAGUGUUAUUCAGUGGGAUUCACCCUGUGGGGCAGGAGGUGGCCUGCAGUACAAGUGGAAAGUUAGGGAUCCUGAAUUCAUAUGUAUUAAUACGCACUCAUACUGUACAUAGCAGCAUGCACACAGAGGGGAGGACACAGAACACCUCCCUCUUGUUGAGCUAUGGC